AUGUUGCAAGUAAGGCAAGAUCAAACAGAUUCUCGCAUAUUUGAUCCAGAUCCAGCUAAUGUAGAGCGAAGAUACACCCACUUUUUGGAUCUCUACAAUGGACUGAAAAAAGAAUAUCCAGCUUUAUUGAACAACCUCUCUUUUCCACGUAAAAUGUUAAUGGGAAACUUUGAUCCAAAUUUAAUAUCAACUCGUUGUUCUGCAUUUGAGUCAUUGUUGAAUUUGAUAGCAAGUGAAUCACGUCUCAGGAAUGCCCCCGCUGCAAUAGCUUUUUUCCAGGAUGUAGAGUUGAAUGAAGCAAAAAAACUAAUUGAUGAGGGCAAGUUUGAUCAAGCAUUGUCUGUCUUGGAAACAAGUUUUAAAUUGUUAAAUAAGGUUUAUACAGACCGAUCACGAGUAGUUCUGAGUGUCCUCUGCCGUAUUGUAGCUUGUGCUGGUUCUAGUGGAGGUGCAUUAGCGGGCCCAGUGGAGCGCUGGGCACAACUCGCACUAAGACGUUAUGAAGCGGUUAGUGAUUCUGACUUGCUUCUUAUAUAUGUGCCUUUACUCCAUACUUGCAUAUCUAUUUGGGAGACAUUGGGUAGGGAUAAAUCACAUCUGAUUGAAGAACUGAAUGGACUCCGCAGAAAUGGAAUGAAGGUAGACUCAGUACCGAGUCUUAUGGAGGCUGUUGAUAAUUUAAAUCCAACUAAU